AUCCCCCGCCAGCCGCUCACCGCCUCUGGGAGCCGCUGGGCUUGUGCACCGCAGCCCUUCCGGGACAGCAGCUGCGACUCUCCCCCAGUCCAGAUUUCGGGACCGCUCUCUAGAAACUCGCUCUAAAGACGGAACCGCCACAGCACUCAAAGCCCACUGCGGGAGAGCGCAGCCCGACAAACCUGGGCGCUGAGCCUGGAUCCUCAGCAGAGCUGGGCAGGGCAGCCGCUGCUUCGCCUAUCCCGACGUCCCCCCCUCCUACACUCUCAGCCUCCGCUGGAGAGACCCCCAGCCCCACCAUUCAGCGCGCAAGAUACCCUCCAGAUAUGCCCUGCGUGCAAGCCCAAUAUAGCCCUUCGCCUCCAGGGUCCACUUACGCCACGCAGACGUAUGGCUCGGAAUACACCACAGAAAUCAUGAACCCCGACUACGCCAAGUUGACCAUGGACCUCGGUAGCACAGGGAUCAUGGCCACCGCCACGACGUCCCUGCCCAGCUUCAGUACCUUCAUGGAGGGCUACCCCAGCAGCUGCGAACUCAAGCCCUCCUGCCUGUACCAAAUGCCACCUUCCGGGCCGCGGCCUUUGAUCAAGAUGGAAGAGGGCCGUGAGCAUGGUUACCACCACCACCACCAUCACCACCACCAUCACCACCACCAUCACCAGCAGCAGCAACAACAGCCGUCCAUUCCUCCUCCCUCUGGCCCCGAGGACGACGUAGUGCCCAGUACUUCCAUGUACUUCAAGCAGUCUCCGCCGUCCACGCCGACCACUCCAGGCUUCCCCCCGCAGGCGGGGGCGCUGUGGGACGAGGAGCUGCCCUCGGCGCCUGGCUGCAUCGCACCCGGCCAGCUGCUGGACCCGCAGAUGAAGGCGGUGCCCCCAAUGGCUGCCGCGCGCUUCCCUCCGAUCUUCCACUUCAAGCCCUCCCAAGCUUCUGCGCUCGAGGGCCACCCGUAUGGGCUCCCGCUGGCCAAGAGGACGGCCACGCUGACCUUCCCACCGCUGGGUCUCACAGCAUCCCCUACCGCGUCCAGCCUGCUGGGAGAGAGCCCCAGCCUACCAUCGCCACCCAACAGGAGCUCAUCCUCCGGCGAGGGCACGUGUGCGGUGUGCGGGGACAAUGCCGCCUGCCAGCACUAUGGGGUACGCACCUGCGAAGGCUGCAAGGGCUUCUUCAAGAGAACGGUGCAGAAAAAUGCAAAAUAUGUUUGCCUGGCAAAUAAAAACUGCCCAGUAGACAAGAGACGUCGAAAUCGAUGUCAGUACUGCCGAUUUCAAAAGUGUCUCAGUGUGGGGAUGGUUAAAGAAGUUGUGCGUACAGAUAGUCUGAAAGGGAGGAGAGGCCGGCUGCCUUCCAAACCAAAGAGCCCACUACAGCAGGAGCCCUCGCAGCCUUCCCCACCAUCUCCUCCAAUCUGUAUGAUGAAUGCCCUUGUCCGAGCUUUAACAGAUGCAACACCCAGAGAUCUUGAUUAUUCCAGAUACUGUCCCACCGACCAGGCCACUGCAGGCACAGAUGCUGAGCACGUGCAGCAGUUCUACAACCUCCUGACAGCCUCUAUUGACGUGUCCAGAAGCUGGGCAGAAAAGAUCCCGGGAUUCACUGAUCUCCCCAAAGAAGAUCAGACGUUACUUAUAGAGUCAGCCUUUUUGGAGCUGUUUGUUCUUAGACUUUCCAUCAGGUCAAACACUGCUGAAGAUAAGUUUGUGUUCUGCAAUGGACUUGUCCUGCAUCGACUUCAGUGCCUUCGUGGAUUUGGGGAGUGGCUCGACUCCAUUAAAGACUUUUCUUUAAAUUUGCAGAGCCUGAACCUUGAUAUCCAAGCCUUAGCCUGCCUGUCAGCACUGAGCAUGAUCACAGAGCGACAUGGGUUAAAAGAACCAAAGAGAGUGGAGGAGCUAUGCAACAAGAUCACAAGCAGCUUAAAGGACCACCAGAGGAAGGGGCAGGCCCUAGAGCCCACCGAGCCCAAGGUCCUUCGUGCACUGGUGGAACUGAGGAAGAUCUGCACCCAGGGCCUCCAGCGCAUCUUCUACCUGAAGCUGGAGGACUUGGUGGCCCCACCUUCUAUUAUCGACAAGCUCUUCCUUGAUACCCUGCCUUUCUGAGCAGGGAACCCCUUGCUCUGAUGGCAUCUGAUCAUUAAGCUAGCAAAGGGAUGGGUCUGAGCACCUGCCACUCUGUCCUUCCUUCAGGGGAAAAACAGCUCCCAUAGAAAGCAAAGACUUUUUUUUUUU